AUGAAGUUUCCAUCAAGCGAAGAUAUGGACAAUAUUACUAAUGAUUUUUGGACCAAAUGGGGAUUUCCUAAUUGCUCUGGUAGCAUUGAUGGUAAACGUAUACGAAUUAACGCACCAGUGCAUUCUGGCAGCAUGUUCCGUAAUUAUAAGUGCUUUUUCUCAAUUGUAUUGCAAGCUGUUGUGGAUGCAAACUAUAGAUUUCUUGCUAUAGAUGUGGGAGCCUAUGGUAAAGAGAGUGACGGUGGAAUAUUUUCGCAUUCAAAUCUUUCACAACAAUUGGAAAAUGGUGCUCUCAACGCAAACCAAGAAAAAGUAUUACCUGGAAGUAACAUAGCUUUGCCUCACUUCUUAGUUGGUGAUGAGGCUUACCCGUUAAAAACAUAUCUAAUGCGCUCUUAUCCGCAAAAAAAUUUGGGCCCAGAAGAAGAAAUAUUUAACAAACGCUUAACAAAUGCAAGGCAAGUUGUUGAGUGUGCCUUUGGUAUUUUGAGUAGCAAGUGGCGAUUGUUAUUAAAAGCAAUUGAGGUAUUUCCAUUUCUUCGGAUAUUUCUCGCCAUGCCUUGCGAUGAAGGUCACGUAAGUGAUACCUUGAAUCGCUUUGAUCCCACAAACACAUAUGUUGGUAAAUUAAAUUAA